CUGCCAGAGCUGGUAGCUGCACUUCACCCUCUGUGCCAAGAGUACAGCAUCUGGAAUCCACUAUGGAGUACUACAUGGGAAGCCAAGCCCUGCAGCAUUUUCUCAGCCACACUUGGUGGCAACUGUCACUCCCAAGGGUGUUGCCUCCUGAGGAAGAGCUGAGCCUGCGGCAGAUACCCCAGGAUUCCAUCCGACUGACUCCUGUGUGCCCUACUGGCCCACACCAUGCAACACCAGUCUGUUCUGCACAGCGGUUACUUUCACCCACUGCUUCGGACCUGGCAGGCCACCUCCACUACGCUCAGCGCCUCCAACUUCAUCUACCCCAUCUUUGUCACGGAUGUUCCUGAUGAUGUUCAGCCUAUCGCCAGCCUCCCAGGAGUAGCCAGGUACGGUGUAAACCGACUGGAAGAGAUGCUGAGGCCCCUAGUGGAAGAGGGCCUGCGCUGUGUCCUGGUCUUUGGUGUCCCCAGCAGAGUUCCCAAGGAUGAGCGGGGCUCUGCAGCUGAUUCUGAGGAAUCCCCUGCUAUUGAAGCCAUUCGUCUGCUGAGGAAAACCUUCCCCAGCCUCCUGGUGGCCUGUGAUGUCUGUCUGUGCCCCUACACCUCCCACGGUCACUGUGGGCUCCUGAGUGAGAAUGGAUCCUUCUUAGCUGAGGAGAGCCGCCAACGGCUGGCAGAGGUGGCACUGGCUUACGCCAAGGCAGGAUGUCAGGUGGUAGCCCCGUCGGACAUGAUGGAUGGACGUGUGGAAGCCAUCAAGGCAGCUCUCAUGGCACAUGGACUUGGCAACAGGGUCUCAGUGAUGAGUUACAGCGCCAAAUUUGCUUCCUGUUUCUAUGGGCCUUUUCGGGAUGCGGCUCAGUCAAGCCCAGCUUUUGGCGACCGCCGCUGCUACCAGCUUCCCCCUGGAGCCCGAGGUCUGGCUCUCCGUGCAGUGGACCGGGAUGUACGGGAAGGAGCUGACAUGCUUAUGGUGAAACCAGGAUUGCCCUACCUGGACGUUGUGCGGGAGGUGAAGAACAAGCACCCUGAGCUCCCCCUCGCCGUGUACCAUGUGUCUGGAGAGUUUGCCAUGCUGUGGCAUGGAGCCCGAGCUGGGGCCUUUGAUCUCAAGACUGCUGUACUGGAAGCCAUGACCGCCUUCCGCAGAGCGGGUGCUGACAUCAUCAUCACCUACUACACCCCUCAGCUGUUGCAGUGGCUAAAGGAGGAGUGAUGAGUGAGUGUGCAGGACUCAAAACGUUGAUCUUGACAAAGCUCCCCAGGCCUUGGAGAAAGUGAAAACCAAAGUAAAUGCUGCUGGUAGAACUGUG